AGUGCUCAAAGAGCUUUUUCUGGUCUGCCAGUUUUCUACGGAAUUUUACGAAUUUUUGAAAAAUGCCAUUUCAUCUUGCACUGGGCCUUUCAAACUGUGAGCAAAUUUACGAGCCGGGCGGUACAAUUGAAGGAUAUGUUACGUUUGAUCUACGGGAAAGUGUUAAGGUAAAAGCGAUCCGAAUCUCCGCCGAAGGUCUCGCCACGACAAAAUGGUUGCUCUCGGAGAGCUCCAAAUCGUCACACGGGCGGUCUCGAGAGGUGUCCUACUCUGCAAAAGUGACCUAUUUGGACGAGGAGCAAAUGGUGUGGAAACCAUCAGAAGGACACUCAAAAUCAUCAGUAUUCCCCGGAAUCCAUGUGUAUCCAUUCAAAUUUCAAAUUCCUAUUGGGGUACCGCCAAGUUUUGAAGGAGAUCACGGAAAUAUUCGGUAUCAUAUGAAAGCGACUGUGGAGAGACCGUGGAAAACGAAUCGAUCGGUUACAAGAUAUUUGACCAUUUUGCCGCCAAAAGAUUUGAAUAAAGAAGUAUUGGCGUCAGAGGAGACAAGCAGUUGGAAGUCGAAAAAAGUCGGAUUUUUUCUUUUUAGAUAUGGAAAAGUUAAUUUGCAGAUUCGAAUUCCCAAAAAAGGAUACGUGCCAGGGGAGACUAUAUCUAUCGAAACAAACAUUGACAACAUGUCCUCCCGUCCAAUUUUAAAGACGGAAUGUUACCUGAUUCAACAGUGCAGAUUUCUUGCAUAUCGCUAUGGAAUUUCUGGUCCAACAGAUGGCCGACGGGCUUCAUCACUUUCAGAAAAUGAUCGAUAUUUGUCGCGAAAAAGAGAUGAGAUUAAGAUUGUUUCAGUAAUCCACGAGAUGCACAUAGAGCCCCGUACGGAGCACAAAGCAAAAAUGCGUCUGAAAAUCCCUUGUACUUGUCCAACAUUCGACAGUACUCUUAUCCACGUGGAGUAUUUUGUUGUAGUCAAGCUGCAUGUAAAGUGUCGAAUGAGGAAUACUGUAAAAGCUGAAUGCCCGAUUAUUAUUGGUUCAAAACCGCUGGCAGAUGAGCAUGUGGAUCCACGCACUCCUACCUAUCAGGAGGUUGCCACGUUUUCGGCGUUAACGCACAGAAGUAUGAUGUCGGUGGAUGAGAAGCUCACCCCAAAAUACGUCUAUUACCCGAAAUAUGGAAAAUCAAGGGAUGAUGAAGCUGACGAGCCGCCGAGUUUAACAGAUCUUCAACUUCCACCAAUCGAUUCAUUAUCCGAUGAUGAUUGAGAUUAUUCUUUGGAAAAAUAAUAAUAAUAAUAAUGUUUCCUAUGGAAAUUUAAAUGUUGAAUACAUAAACUUAAAGUUC